CUAUCAGUUCAUUAUAGCACUGCUCCAUUUUCACACGAGAACACAGCUAGAGUGCUUUCAAACAAUUUAUAAUGCACCUUUUAAAGGUGUGGUGUAAAAAUGUGGACUUCAGUAUUCAUAUUAGUGUCCCUAUUGAGUGAGUCGUACUGUGUUUUGUGUCCGAAGCAGUGUGAUUGUGAUUCAGAUAAUGGGUUAAAUAGAGCCAUUUGUGUUGAUCAAAACAUUAUAUCUGUGGCUCUUGGUGUGCCAAAGGAAGUGCAAGUGUAUAGCCUGAGUCGAAAUGUUAUUAGCGAGUUGGAUAAUUUCUGCUUUAAGGAACUAGGCUACAAGUCUAUCAAAGUGCUAGACUUAUCAUACAAUCAGAUAUUCUGGAUUGGCUUGCAUGCAUUCGCGGGGUUGAACCAACUCACAGAACUAAACCUGAGCAAUAAUAGGCUAAGAUACUUCCCAUCUGAUGUGUUCUGGUAUACGCCCGAUUUAAACAUCCUCGACCUAUCGGCGAAUAUGUUCGAGUCUCUCAAAAAUGAACCUUUCAUUGCACACAGUAAAUUACAGGUGCUGAAUCUUAACAGCUGUCGCAUAAAAUCGUUACCGGAUCGGAUGUUUACACGCCUGCCCAAUCUAAAGAAGUUAGAUUUAAGUGAAAACUAUAUGGUCACUGUAAAUCUGGACGUUUUAAGACCCUUGCGAAAAUUAAAAAGAAUAGAACUGAGAAACGAUUACUGGCAAUGCAAUGCUGAUUUUAAAGCUACGGAAGAAUGGAUCGUAUCACACGAGAUAGCUUACGAGAAAAUUUGUAAACAGAGAAUUCCGAAAAUGUUCGAAAAAAUGAUAUCAGUAGUGCCCAUUGAGAGGAAACCCGUAGAUGUGGACGCAGUGUGGAACAUAACGAAAGCGAAUGAAACGCAAGUGCCUCCGAAAGAGCCGCCAUUGACGCCUUUUCAGAAGUUCGAUAAGAACUUUUCUGCUCUCCAAGCAUUUGUAAUCGGAGUAGAAAUUGGGAUGGCGAUUGGUAUAAUAGCGACGUAUGUAUGGUUGAGACAGAUAUGUUCGUGUCGUCAGCUGUUUAGCCGACCGCAGACACGGCGAGAUCGCUGGAGAAGGCGAAGAGAGGGGGAUAUGAGGAAUCGUUUGUUGUGGAACGCAAUAGUACAUAGUGAUAUGGAAACCCCUCCGAUAUAUAGGAGACAAGUUGAAACAGGCCCGUCAGCUCCGAGGUUGUCUGGGAUUAGAGAAGGGAAUGCUAAUGUGGAUGAACGAGCGGAGACUCCACCCCCGCCUUAUAACGAAUGCCGUGUUAACUUGUAAAUUCAAUACUAUUAUGCUAAACUAUUGAUAACUACAAUAUAAUACUCUUCAAACUAAGUUAUAACUGCACUAUACAUUGAAAUUGGCACUAUAUGUAAUGAGUAUUAACGAAUAUUUAUAAGAAUCGCAAUUAUCGUAUUAUCUAAUGUGGAUAUUUUUCUGUACUGAUAUUAAAUUAAGACAUG